AUGCACACGCUGGACCAUCAAGUGCGCAAGCUGGUUAUGCACCCUUUGCCCCUCCCUGCUCACGACGUAAUCGACACUUAUGCUGGACCAUCAAACGCAUACACUGGACCAUCAAGCAUGCACACUGAUUAUGCGCCCUUCGCCCCUGCUCAUGAUGUCAUCGACACUUAUGCUGGACCAUCAAACACAUACGCCGGUCCAUCAAGCACGCAUGCUGAUUAUGUGCCCUUUGCCCCUGCUCACGAUGUCAUCAACACUUACGCUAGACCAUCAAAUGCUUACAAAGACUAUGACUCGUAUAGUUUGGGGCACCUCAACGAUCUCUCUCACUUCAACACUAUGCAGGUGCCUAAUCCACACCAUAUACAACUUCCUCAAUUGUUUGAUGAUGAGGAUGAGCUGAUGGACCCUCAACAUUGUCCUCUCCCCAUCACAACGGGUGAAAUAUCACAAUCGCAUGUCAUACAUCUACCUGCAAUUCCGUACAUUGCUCAUGAGACUGUUGUCUCUGAGACAACACAGGCAGCUGCAGGCCUUGCAGAGGCACCAGACAGCAACCGCCAUCUCCAGAUUACAGGACCGAUGUGCGAGCAGAUCUUCAAGCGCUCGAAGGAGCUUGUUGUAGGGAUCAUGUUUAUGGAAGACAUGAUGGCGUCAUCUCCUGCCGACAAAAAAUGA